AUGGAAGCAGAAAACCACACAGAAGGUUUGGAAUUCCUCCUCUUGGGACUCUCAGAGGAUUUGGAACAACAGCCCAUCCUCUUUGGGCUGUUCCUGCCCAUGUACCUGGUCACCGUUCUUGGGAACCUGCUCAUCAUCCUGACCAUCAGCUCUGACUCCCACCUCCACACCCCCAUGUACUUCUUCCUCUCCAACCUAUCCUUCGUUGACAUCUGUUUUGUCUCCACCACCAUCCCAAAGAUGCUGGUGAACAUCCAGACACACAGCAGAGACAUUUGCUAUAUGGGGUGCCUUACUCAGGUGUAUUUUUUUAUGAUUUUUGCUGGACUGGAUAAUUUGUUACUGACUGUGAUGGCCUAUGACCGCUUUGUGGCCAUCUGCCACCCCCUGCACUAUACUGUCAUCAUGAACCCCCGUCUCUGUGUCCUCCUGGUUCUGAUAUGUUGGUUGAUCAUUUUCUCGGCCUCUCUGCUUCACAUUCUACUGAUGAGGCGGCUGACCUUCUCUACAGGCACUGAAAUUCCACACUUCUUCUGUGAACUGGCUCUGAUUCUCAAGGUGGCCCAAUCUGAUACCUUCAUCAAUAACAUCGUUUUGUAUGUGGCAACGGCACUGCUGUGUGUGUUUCCUGUCACUGGGAUCCUCUACUCUUACUCUCAGAUUGUCUCCUCCUUACUGAGAAUGUCCUCCACCGCCAGCAAGUAUAAAGCUUUCUCCACUUGUGGGUCUCACCUCUGCGUGGUCUCCUUGUUCUACGGGACAGGACUGGGGGUCUACCUCAGUUCUUCUGUGACCCACUCUUCCCAGGGAAGGCCGAUCGCCUCAGUGAUGUACACUGUGGUCACCCCCAUGCUGAACCCCUUCAUCUACACCCUGAGGAACAAGGAUGUGAAGGGGGCCCUGGGAAGACUCCUCAGCAGAGCAGUAUCUUGCCCAUGA